UGAAGGCGGCCGCGGCACUGUCUUGCAUGCUUUCUUACAAUGUACUUUAAUACUGUAUUAAAGUUUGGGGUAAUUCUUUUUUUUUCCAAGGACAAGACUAUACAAGCGACUUACUUUGUGAUGGUUGUCUAUUUUUUGAUUCUGAAACUCAGCUUCUAGUUAUUAAGGGAGGGAGGAAAACAAUAUUAAAAUAAUCUGAUUCAAUUUAUUACUGAACUGAUGGAAUUACAUUGCUGCCAAGAUAUCAACUCAUGUCUAUAGACCCAUCUGUCUCCCUGCCGUCCCCAUUUUUUUCUGGGGAAAAAAGCAAAUUUCUGAAUUCCUCAGGUCUGCAUCAAAUUUACCCUGAUAAAUUUAAGACGAGAGGAGUAAAAAGGGAAGAAAAGCAGUGAAACGGUUCGGGACCUCAUAUGCUGACAGACCCCAUUGUCUGUGGACGUCUACAGUGCAAGUCGUGACAAUGAAGAUGAAAGCGGUGCAUAAAUGGAUAAGCAAAAACAGACCUCCAGUGUAGAACUACUGCUUUGCCUUUAUUUGAAGAAAUUUUCUGGAGCAAUGCUUGCUUUCUACAGCAAGGAAAUGAAUCCAAAUGCAGAAGAAAUCAGAAACUCCUAGGAGGGACCACUUUGAAAUUAAAUUGGACAACGUGGAUAAUAAGCAGAAGAAUACUCUGAAAGAAGUGUCCAAAAAGGCACAUUAUAAUGCAAUAUUCGAGAAAAGAAAGUUGUUAGCUGUUUAGCUCAAUGCUAACCCCCCUACCCCCGGUAGACUGUUUCUAAAUUAUGGAAAUUUUGUGGAAGACGUUGACUUGGAUGUUGAGCCUUGUCAUGGCUGCUUCUGAAUUUCAAAGCAACAACAGAAUUUCUCAUAUUUCACAAGAGGAAUUCCUUUCGUACCUUGAGCACUACCAGCUCACGGUUCCUAUGCAAGUGGAUCAAAAUGGAGACUUCAUGAGCUAUACUGUGAAACACAACAGACACUUGCGACGGAAGAGAAGUAUAGAUCCUGUUGACCAAGAUAUCUCAGAAUCUAGGUUGUUUUACAAACUCUCUGCCUAUGGAAGGCACUUUUAUUUAAAUCUGACACUGAACACUCAUUUGGUGUCUAAACAUUUUACUGUAGAAUAUUGGGAUAAAGAUGGACCAGAAUGGAGACAUGAUUUUAUAGAUUAUUGCCAUUAUAUUGGAUACCUUCAGGAUCAACAUAGCACAACAAAUGUAGCUUUAAGUAAUUGUAAUGGCUUGCAUGGUGUUAUUACAACAGAAGAAGAACAGUACUUUAUUGAGCCACUGAAGAAUAUAGGAUCACAGAAUGCCAGUAGUUUAAGAUUUGAAGAAGGACAGCCACAUGUUAUUUAUAAAAAAUCUUCUGUCCCAUACCAAUUGAAGAAUGAUGAAUCCAACUGUGGAGUUACAGAUCUUACAAGACAUCCAGAUCCACUGUGGAUGAAACAACAUUCAACCAAUACCAUUUCUUCAACGUUCAACUCUUCCAGUUUGUUCCGUCGCCAUAAGAGAUCAGUUAGUUCAGAGCGCUUUGUGGAAACUUUAGUUGUUGCUGACAAAAUGAUGGUUGGGUACCAUGGCCGCAAGGACAUUGAACACUACAUUUUAUCUGUAAUGAAUAUUGUUGCCAAACUUUACCAUGAUUCCAGUCUAGGAAAUGUUGUGAACAUUAUAGUGACUCGCCUGAUAAUUCUAACAGAGGACCAGCCAAACCUGGAGAUAAACCAUCAUGCAGACAAAUCCCUUGACAGCUUCUGCAAGUGGCAGAAAUCUAUCCUCUCUCAUCAAAGUGAUGGAAACACCAUUCCAGAAAAUGGGAUUGCUCACCAUGAUAAUGCUGUUUUAAUUACUAGAUAUGACAUCUGCACAUACAAAAAUAAACCCUGUGGAACUCUAGGCUUGGCCUCUGUGGCAGGAAUGUGUGAGCCUGAGAGAAGCUGUAGUAUUAAUGAAGACAUUGGGCUGGGCUCAGCUUUCACAAUUGCUCAUGAAAUCGGUCACAAUUUUGGCAUGAACCACGAUGGAAUUGGAAACUCCUGUGGGACUAAAGGUCACGAAGCAGCAAAACUGAUGGCGGCUCAUAUUACAGCUAAUACCAAUCCCUUUUCCUGGUCAGCCUGCAGCAAAGACUAUAUUACCAGUUUCCUUGAUUCAGGUCGUGGGACAUGCUUAGACAAUGAACCACCAAAGCGGGACUUCUUCUACCCUACUAUAGCUCCAGGGCAAGUCUAUGAUGCUGAUGAACAGUGUAGGUUCCAGUAUGGGGCAACGUCUCGACAAUGUAAAUAUGGGGAAGUGUGUAGAGAGCUCUGGUGUCUCAGCAAAAGUAACCGCUGUGUCACCAACAGCAUCCCUGCUGCAGAGGGAACUUUGUGCCAGACUGGAAGCAUAGAAAAAGGGUGGUGCUAUCAGGGAGAAUGUGUUCCUUUUGGCACAUGGCCUCAGAGUGUGGAUGGUGGCUGGGGACCAUGGUCACUAUGGGGCGAGUGCAGCCGGACAUGUGGGGGUGGAGUGUCAUCCUCAAUUAGACACUGUGACAGUCCAGCGCCUUCUGGUGGAGGAAAGUACUGUCUUGGAGAGAGAAAACGUUACCGCUCCUGUAAUACUGAUUCUUGUCCAACAGGAGCUCGUGAUUUUCGGGAAAAGCAGUGUGCAGAUUUUGACAACAUGCCUUUUCGUGGGAAGUAUUACAACUGGAAACCAUACACUGGAGGUGGAGUUAAACCCUGUGCUUUAAACUGCCUGGCUGAAGGCUACAACUUCUACACAGAACGAGCUCCAGCUGUUAUUGAUGGAACACGCUGCCAUGCUGACUCUCUAGAUAUCUGCAUAAAUGGAGAAUGCAAGCAUGUAGGCUGUGAUAACAUCUUGGGCUCUGAUGCAAAAGAAGAUCGUUGCCGUGUAUGUGGGGGUGAUGGCAGCACGUGUGAAGCAAUUGAAGGCCUCUUUAAUGACUCUCUGCCGAGGGGAGGUUAUAUGGAGGUGGUUCAGAUUCCAAAAGGGUCUGUACAUAUUGAAAUUAGAGAAGUGGCCAUGUCAAAAAAUUACAUUGCCUUAAAAUCUGAAGAAGAUGACUACUAUAUCAAUGGUGCCUGGACCAUCGAUUGGCCAAGAAAAUUUGAUGUAGCUGGAACAGCUUUCCACUAUAAGAGACCAACAGAUGAACCAGAAUCUUUGGAAGCUUUGGGUGCUACAACAGAAAAUCUUGUUGUUAUGGUCCUACUUCAAGAACAGAAUCUGGGAAUUAAGUACAAAUUUAAUGUUCCAAUCAUUCGUACUGGUAGUGGAGACAAUGAAGUAGGAUUUGUUUGGCAUCACAUGCCCUGGUCUGAAUGUUCUGCAACAUGUGCUGGAGGUUCCCAAAAACAAGAGCUAGUGUGUAAAAGAUUGGAUGACAACUCAGUUGUGCAGAAUAGCUAUUGUGACCCAGACAGUAAACCCCCAGAAAACCAACGGACCUGCAAUACUGAGCCCUGUCCGCCAGAGUGGUUUAUCGGUGACUGGACAGAAUGCAGCAAAACAUGUGAUGGGGGAACACGCUCUAGAACUGUACUUUGUAUCAGAAGAAUUGGGCCAGCAGAAGAGGAAACUUUAGAAGACAGUCACUGCCUGACGCAUCGACCAAUAGAAAAAGAGGCUUGCAACAAUCAGUCUUGUCCACCUCAGUGGGUAGCCUUGGACUGGUCAGAGUGUACACCAAAAUGUGGUCAAGGUUUUAAGCAUCGCAUUGUCCUGUGCAAAAGUAGUGACCUCAGCAAGAACUUUCCACUUAACCAGUGUCCAGAGGGUAGUAAACCACCUGUGAGGAUUCGUUGUACACUUGGCCGUUGUCCACCUCCUCGUUGGGUUACUGGAGAAUGGGGUUUGUGCUCAGCACAGUGUGGAUUGGGUCAACAGAUGCGCACUGUACAGUGCCUCUCCUAUACUGGACAAACCUCAAAUGAAUGUGCUGAAAAUCUUCGCCCAUUGACAAUGCAGCAGUGUGAGAGCAAAUGUGAUGCCACUCCUAUCUCCAACACAGAAGAAUGCAAAGAUGUGAAUAAAGUAGCUUACUGCCCACUGGUGCUGAAGUUUAAAUUUUGCAGCCGAACCUACUUUAGGCAGAUGUGUUGUAAAACCUGUCAAGGCCACUGAACCACAGACAUAAGGAGAGACAGAGAAACUGUAUGCGACAUCCUCAUCAUUUUCAUUACUAUUAUUAAAACCAGAGAAAAUGACAGCAAACUCUGAAUAUGCUUUUUAUCCUGUGGAAGUUUCAACCACUGGUCAGCACCUGCUGAUGAGAUUUCAACUUUAUUUUACUUCUGUGAAGUGGGAAUUUAGAUUUUUCUGUUUUUUUAAUCCAAAGUGCUGGACACAUCACAUUGAGAAGGUAUGCAAAAGAAAAUGAACAUCUAUAUCACAAUACAAGCAACCAAUAAAUGUACAGUAUUUCUUUUUUUAAAUUGUUACCAACAGCAUGGUGAUAUGUUGUGCAUGGAACAGGUUUGAUUGUAGAUCUCACUAAUGCAUACAUUUCCACUGUUUGUAUGUAUAUGCAUGCAUACAUGUGUAUCUAAAGUAACUCUGCCUGUGGGCUAUGAGAUAUAUAUAUAUAUAUAAAUAUAUAUAUAUAUAUAUACACACACACACACACACACACAGUAUUGUAUAUUUGUAUGGUGCUAUAUCAACAUAUAUUUCCCUCAGUACAGGAAAUCUGCCUUUCCCGCAGUUGAGUUUAAAGGUAGAAACAACCAAAUUACUCAGUUUUUCUUUUGGUGGACAGCUGUGUAACAGUGUGAUCAAAGGCCUAGAAGACAAUUCUGUGUGUUGCAGGAAGUUGAAAUUGUAUAAAGUUAUUAACCAUGACAUUCCAUCCACUUUCCAAUUUACCACUUUUGCAAUGAAAUCUGUAAGGAAAAGUAAUGUGUAAAGUGAAAAGAAAGCAGUAGUUAUAUAGUAUGUACUUGGACUGUAUUUUUUUAUUAUGGCUCACUGUUUUAUUUGGCAUGCCCAAACACAAAUGCUUAUAUCAGAACAUGCAUAACAACUCUCAUCAUUUGUUAAUGCAGGUCCCUACUGUUUAGUGGAGACAAAAGAAAUAAGUGAAUAACUUACAUAUGGAAAACAGCCUACAAAAGUGGGUGGAUCUUGCUGUUAUAGGCAGUCCAAUUGUGCGUUAGCAUAAUGAAUGCCCAUGGCUAGAAUUACAGUAUGUCACAAUGGAUUUCCUUCUGUUAAUGUCAAAACUUUUAAAGUCAUUCUAACUGUACUGCUUUUUGAAUAGGAGACCGCCAUGCUAGAUCCACACUGAAAACCAAAGGUAUAGAUAGACUUCCUGUGUGUUUACAUAGGACACAUUAUAGAUGAAUAUUGAAAUUUAAAAAGGCAAAAAUAAAAAAAAAAAACUCAGAAGACAAAAUUCUAAAAGACAAUAGGUUGGAUCAUGUCAAUAAAGAGAAAAGAAGUAAAAUAAAAAAAAUGGAAUGCUAUGGUGAAAAUCAAAAUGAAACAAGACACUUGCACAUAAUUUUUAAUUGCAAAACUGCAAUGUAAUGUAUGUACAUAUGCAUAUAUAUAUAUAUAUAACUAUACUGUAGUUUAAAAAUCAUUAACAAAGAACAAUCAUAUUGUAAUAUUUGUGAAACUGAAGUCCUUGUUCCUGCAUAAAAAGGUGAUUGAAGAUAAUAAAUCACACCACAAAUGAAAAUAAAUUAACAUAAAAAGAAUGCUUAUUGGAAAUGAAAUGAUUUGAAACAGGUACUUGGUGAAUGUGCAUUUAUUGUUAAGAUGUGCCUUUUUUUGUGCAAUGUUAGUAAGAAUAAAAAUUGCAGAAGUAAUGGCACUUUAAAACAUAAAGUUCCUGAGUAUACAUGAGUUACAGUAUGUAUACCAAAGGCUAAUAAUCAUAAUUUGAAUAGUUAUUGUUUUGAGGCAUCUUCUAAAAAUUAAAACUGUCAAUAAUAAAAAUGCAAUUUCUUUCAGCAUCAAAUGUGAAUAAGAAAGGAUAUGAAAUCCUGUCUCAAGAAAGGGAUACAAGUAUUUUUGUGUAUGUAUACCUAGUGUUAAAGUGCUGACAUUUCAGAAGUUUACAGCAUUUCGGCUCACAAUUAAGAAACUUUGUCCAUAAAUGCAUUUUAUUGUAGACUUACUGUCAGCAAUUUAAAGCUGCUGAUCCAGCUGAUGCUGGAUCACUGAAUCAGGAUCUUGACCAUGCAGACUAAUGCAUCAUAUAUGAAAAUUGAAAUAUGUACCUAGUGAACAAUAUGCUGACAUUGGUGUGGUUCUACAACUGUGCAAUUACUGUUCAUUACACAUUAUAAUAAUUGUUUAUGUUGUAUUUUACUAAAAUAUUUAAAUUGUCAAUGUCAAGAAAUGUCAUCAUCAUUCUUCUUUGUUAACUUACUUCAUUGUAGAUUAGGAUAUUGUGAAGGGCACAUCUCUGAUGUUUGAGCCCCUUUGUAUGCCUCUGUGUUUAUCAACUCAAUUCUUGUGUCUCAUUGUCCAAAUUAUGUGCAUACUCACUCUUUUGCUGCUACCUCUUGAAAGCUUGUUUUAUUGUGGAACCUUGUAAUUAUAACAGGAGCAGAGCCGCUGGCAUUGGUAUAUCCAAUGUAUGCUUCAUGGUGCUCAAUAUAAAUUGCUGAUUUCAACAGCACGUUUAAUUUUCUAAAUAAGACAAAGUUGGUAGAAUUGGUUGAAAUAUAGGGUUAUUGAAUUCCAGGACUUAUUAUUUCUUAUUAGUUUUUAAAAUUUACAGAAAUGUGUCUCCAGGCAUAUGGGGUUCGUCGCUCCAUUUGUCAAAAAAAUGACAGGCUUCUAUUACCUCAUAGUUGGUAUUGAUAUAGUAAUGGCCUGAUUCCAUUUUUUUCUUGUCUCUUUGAAUGGUGCUAUCACAGAUAUCAUGAACUUGCCCUUAGAGGUAACUCAACAUAGAACUGGACACAUGUUGAUUAUAAAUGGGACCGAAUGCACAUAGAAGGGACCAUUUCUCAUAAAUUUAAUUUUACAUUCAGAAUGAUUUGUUAUUGCUGCUGCUGCUUUGAAGUCACAGUAAAAAUCUCUGCAAUAUCUUUUGAUUAGUGGCUUAGUAUUCAAGCAACAAUGGACAUUGUGGACCAGUUCAAGAUACAAGCUAAGACCCCCUUAUACACACAAAGCUUGCAUAAGGCUUCAAUAGCAAUUUCCUUGGUGUGUAACUAUGAAGCCUGGGAAGAGGGCCUUUCUCCAAAUUUUCAUGUGGAUGUGCAUUUAUGGUUGUGCAUCCAGUUAUUGACUUAACUUCAUGAAUGUGUCAAAAGAUACCCUUACUUUACGGUACAAAAAUACUUUUGUAUUAUUGUGAUUAAUUCUUUGUAUUUUAUAUUCAGUAUUAAUGUUAAUACACACUGUUACUAAAUAUUUUUUCCAUGUGUAAAUUAUAUGCUAAUUUAUUGCAAUGUUUUAUGAAAUAUGUAUUUCACUGCAGACAAAUGGAGUUUAGGGUAGCUAAUGCAGUGACUUUCACAAAGACCUGUUUUAACAUAGUCUAAAUAGAACCACAAAAAAUUCAGUUUGUUAUAUAUUGUUUAUAUUUAAUUUGUCUCAUUAUUAAUGAAUGGUGGUAUUUAAAAGUCUGAAAAGCCCUAAUUUAACAAAUUAAGAGUGGUCGCAUUUGUCACUGUUUUUUUUUUCAGUAAACUAAACAGAAUCCAGAAUGGUUCACAAAUUAAAUAAUGGAACUGUAGAUGUUAUGCAUGAUAUGUUUUAUCAGUAGUGUAUAUAUUUACUCCAUGUAUAUAUACUACAAGUAAAUACAAAUGUGUUUUAAGGUAUGGAAUAUGAAUGAUGGUCAA